UGCCGCAGGCAAAAUUACACAAUGGCUUUCUCCAAAGUUAAAAUUGUCAACACGAUGAAAAAAUGUGAUCGGGCACUACAAGAGCUCAGAAAUGAAGAUUUUCUCGCUGUUGAUGACAAAGGUGUAAACCUUAGCAAGACCGGUCCCUUAACCCUCCUGCAGGUAGGAACUAAGGACGGAAAGGUCUAUUUAUUUGAUGUCCUCACCGAGCCCAGAAUCCUCAAGACCGGAGGACUCAAGGCUAUUCUGGAAAGUGAGACAAUUGUGAAGGUGAUGCACUCCAGCAAGAACGACGCAGCUGCGCUGUACUGGCAGUUCGGGGUGCAGCUGCACAACGUGUUUGACACGCAGGUCGCUCACAUGCAGCUGCAGCGAGCCGAGGGACGACGACUUCCCAGCCGCAUAACUCUAUUCGAGGUGUGUGGACUCUACUGCCCACAGAAAACCGACUUGCUGGAGAAAAAAGAGAAUUUACAGACGUGUCGGAAAAAGAGGGAAGGAGAACUCUGGGCCAAGCGUCCAAUGACGCAGGAAAUGAUCGACUGCGCAAGUCAGGAUGUCCUGGUCCUCGUACCAGAAAUGUAUAUGACAAUGAAAGGGCUUGUUAAUGAGAAAGGCCUGACUAGACAGGUGACCGAGCGAAUCAGUCUAGAAAUCGAAGCGGCGAUGGACGAGGAUGUGAAAAAGAAGGUAAAAGAGGCCAUUGAUGUCGUGGUUCUUGAGAUUCUUCAAACCUUUGAGAAGACCACCAGUCCUCCAGACAGUCUGUCUGACAUAACGGAUGAGGUAAAAUAA